UCAGCAGUUUUCGUAGUGCUUACUGCUAUUCUUGUUUUACUUAUUGUUAAAAAUUAAAACUUUCGAGCAAAUUAUGAGUCUAACAUCCUUUUAAAAACCGCUUCUUAGGAUCUACAACAACUUGCCAGAUCAUGUGAAUAUAGCAUUAAUUCAUAGUUUGUUGUUAAAUAAAAACAAUAAUGUCAGAACCAAACAACCCAUUUGCUGGCUUAAUAGGAACUCAUGAAGGUAAAAGUAGCAGUGAUGUGGAAUAUACAUCAGGUUCUGUUCCAGUACAAAUAGCUACUAAAGAAGCUAAAGAAGACGAAAAAAUUCAAACUAUCAACAACAUAGUGGAAAAUGUUUUUCAUUUUACAAUUAACGCCAAUGCUGUGGAUGAAAAAUCCGACAAGCAACUGGUUUAUUUGGAAGAAUUAGCACAAGCUAUGAACCCAAGAGUUCGAAUUGACCUAGAAGCUUUGGAGCAAGCUCUUUUUGAACGAUUAUUGCUGCAAGAUGUGGAACAGAAUGUUAUACCCAAAUCAUGCAAAGCCUACAAGGAACAUGUUGUUCAAAAACAAGUAUUUCCUUAUCUGUUUAGUUCUAUGCAAAAUCUUCAAACAUAUGACUAUGUAAAUGACAUAACAGUUAGAAAUGGUAUAAAGAAGAUGAGGGAACUUAUAUUUAGAAAUGCAGUAACUGCUUUGAAACAGCCGGCUUUAUUUGAAGACCAAGACUUUGCUAGUCAACUUAUUGAACUUCUACAACAUGUUGAUCCUCAGAGUCACACCUUUUUUGUAGAUUUAGUGAAGGCUUUCAUGUCAGAAGCCGAUGCCGAUUCACAAAAUCAGCUAAGAGACACCAUGAUACCGGUCCUGAAAAAAAUUCACACAGAUGUAAACAAGUCAAAUUUAAUUAAUUUAUCCAUCUACAUUUUGCCAUCUAUUCACAUAUUUGCCAGUAGUCCAUACUUGGCCCCAAUAUUGAUGGAAGCCUGUGAACCUAAAAAUGAAAUGAUUGGAAGACAUUAUCAGGAUUCCGUCAUUGGGGCUCUACUUUCAUUAUCUGUCUUACCAAGAACUGCAACAUCCCUCCAUGAGUACUUUGACAACCCAAUGGACCAAUCCUCUAUAUCAAUGAUUGAAUCAUCAGUUUGGAAUGCAUCAUCACAUCUUAUAAAUAAUAUGCACAAGGUAUUUCUAACACUACUUAAAGGAGGGCCACAGAUUAAAAAUCGUCUACUGACAUGGAUUGGCAAAUGUUUAAAAGCAAAUGUUGCCAGAGGAAAGCUUUGGAAUGUUCAGGCUGGUGAUAUCAGUGCAGCUUCACUUCAGUGUGUGUCUGAUGGAUUCAUGUUAAAUUUGGGUGCAGUGCUAUUACAACUUUGUCAACCAUUUUGUACAUCUGCAAAUGAUCCAAAAUCAUUGAAAAUUGACCCAACAUAUGGGGCAGUGCCAGCAGAAGACUGUGCAGCUAAAUCAGUUCAUUUAGAUUGUCUCCACAGUGAAACAUGUCUGCUGCCUGCUCGUGAGACUGAAGAUGGGCAAACUGUAAAGCGGCCGACAGCUGAAACUUAUAAUUUUGUCACUGAGUGCUUCUUUAUGACCCAGAAAUGUAUUGACUUAGGUGUUCGCGUUUGCGCUGAGAAAUUGUAUCGCUGCGGUCAAGACCUUGGCAGAGCGCAGAGAGCAUUAGCCGAUGUAGCUGCCAGCGCUCAUCAUCUUGUUGAGCCCUUGAGACAGCGGACACAACAUCUUAUGACAAAAUUUGUAAGUCUUCGCUGUGCUCUGCUAGAAAAUGACAUGUUGACAAAUUUACAUCGUCUGCAAGCAACCACGUGCACUUGGCUGGUGCAAGUUGCGAUACGAGACAACACAGAACAGACGUGCUAUGCUCCUACAAAUUUGUUGCCUGUUAACAUGCCUAUAACCACACCACCCCCUGAUACUUUAAGAUGCAUUCCAGAGUUCGUUUUAGAGAACAUCGUUGUUCUAAUAACGAUGGCUCGCCGUACGGUGGGCGCCAUCACCGAAGAGGCAGACUUGGCUGGCUUACUGCAGCCAGCGCUUACCUUAGUUCUUGCGUUUAUGGGAGACUCUUCCAGAACCUACAACCCACAUUUAAGGGCACGUCUAGCUGAAUGCUUGGAGGCCAUGUUGCCGAAUCAUCCUGAUGAGCAACAACCACUCAGCAACAUUGCUUCUUUCUACAGGGAACAACUGUUUAAGGAGCAUCCCCAUCGAUUACAGCUGGUGCCAUGUCUUCUGGAUGUGUUCGUCGGAAUCGAAAUGACUGGUCAGAGUGUGCAGUUCGAGCAGAAGUUCAACUAUCGCAGACCCAUGUACCUCGUUAUGGAGUUCCUGUGGGGUAUGCAAGAACAUAGAGACGCAUUUACACAUUUAGCAAACGAAGCUGAAGCAAAUAUGGAAGCAGUACAUCCACCAAUAUUCCUACGUUUUGUUAAUCUUUUGAUGAAUGACGCCAUUUUCUUACUUGAUGAAGCUUUAGGGAAUAUGGCGCAAAUUCGUACACUACAAACUGCGCAAGAAUCCGGCGCCUGGAGCAACCUGCCGGCGCAAGAGCGCGAACAGAACCUGGCGAACCUGUCGCACAUCGGCAUGCUGGCGCGGUUCGACAACAUCCUCGGGCGGGACACCAUCCGCACGCUCGUGCGUCUCACUGCGCACGCGCCGCACGUCUUCUGUCACCCCACGCUGGUGGAGCGGAUCGCGUCUAUGCUCAACUAUUUCUUGCUGCACUUGGUUGGGCCGAAUAAGAAGAACUUUAAGGUAAAAGACAUGAAGGAGUACGAAUUCGAUCCAGCAAGCACAGUACUGGAUAUUUGCCGCAUGUACGUGGAGUUGGGGAACAAUGAGCGGUUCUGUGCCGCGGUAUCUGAUGAUGGACGGUCUUAUUCGCCACAGCUGUUCACUCUGGCUGAAGCUGUUUUGGUACGAAUUGGAGGCGGUGGUCUCAUCACAUCUCUACAAGAAGUGGCAACCCGCGUCAGCACCAUCGCAGUGCAAAGACAACGUGACGAGGAGAUUCUUGCUAAUGCGCCUGAAGAGUUCCUUGAUCCUAUAAUGAGUACCCUCAUGUUGGACCCCGUUAUUCUACCGAGUUCUAGAACCACGGUGGACAGGACUACCAUUGCAAGGCACCUGCUCAGCGAUCAGUCCGAUCCUUUCAAUCGCUCUCCGCUGUCCAUGGACCAGGUGAAAUCGAAUACUGAACUCAAAGAGAGAAUACACGCCUGGAUUGCCGAACAGAAAGAGAAAAUUGCUCAAAUUCCUGACAGUAAUUCCUAAAGCGUCUCUUAAAUAAUUUUAACUGUAAAACUAGGCUAGCUAGUUUCCUACAUUUUUUAAUGUAACAAUAAGUAUACCAGAAUCGUUAGACUUUUGUAUAAAACUUUUCUUGAUGUGUGUGCUAUAGAUAAGGUGGAACAUUCUAGAUGUUUGUUUAUGGUUGCAGAUUCGGGUUCGUUUUUUUUUUUAUAUCUCUAAGAUAUGAGUUUUUUAUUUUAGUCGAGUUUAAUUGCAAAAUUAUUCUCUUUGGUUGUUUUAUUUUGAGAAUUUAUAUUAUAAAUAUUAUAACUAUUUUUGGUCCAAAAGAAGUAUUUACUCUAUUUUUGGUUUAUUUAUAUAGAUUUAGAUUGCUAUAAAUUCAAUGUGAUAAUAUUUUACGCUGAUUAUUCCAUAAAAUUAACUAUGUGUAUCACAUUAUUAAUAUAUGCAGUUGCACGCAGAAUUGGGCUGAACACAGAAAUAUAAUAUUUCCUGUGAAGAAAAUUAGUCAGUUAAGGAAUUGUUUGCCUUUUUAUUUCAUUAAAUAUAAGUUGUGUUGUUGUGAUAUUAUUGAAACAAUUGCGGAUAAAUAACAUCACUUUGAACAAUUAUAUUGGCUAUCACUCGAGCGUAGGGGUCAGGAAGCUUAAGUUCGAUAUGAAAACUAACGGAGGAAUAUUAUUAUGUGGUAAAGUUAUGAGCAAGAAAACUUUGUUGAACAGUUUGCAUAAUACACUCUACAUGUCCAUAAAGGAAGUUAAUAAUUUAAAUAAUAUUUUUGAUUGCUCCAUACUUCACUUGGGCAUAGCACUCUCUAAAACCUAUCUACAUCCGGCAUGUCUUUUAUACUAAGUUGAUAAACAUCAAAACGCUUUUAUCCCAUAUCGUUUCCGAGAUUGAUUUAGUUUGUAUGUGUGCAGACAUU